AUGAUCUUCGCAGCCCGCCAACUUCAGGAGAAGUGCCAGGAGAUGCGGACCCACCUAUACUCUACCUUCGUGGACCUGACGAAAGCCUUCGACACGGUGAAUCGUGAAGGAAUGCGGAAGAUCAUGCAGAAAUUCGGCUGUCCGGAGCGAUUCACUCAGAUGGUGCGUCAGCUGCACGACGGUAUGAUGGCGCGAGUCACGGACAACGGAGCUGUCUCAGAGGCAUUCGCAGUGACCAACGGAGUGAAGCAGGGCUGUGUGCUGGCGCCUACCCUCUUCAGUCUCAUGUUCUCUGCCAUGCUGAUGGACGCCUACCGCGACGAACGCCCUGGAAUCCGCAUCGCCUAUAGAACGGACGGUCAUCUCCUGAAUCGCCGGCGCAUGAACUUCCAAUCGCGUGUAUCCACAGCCACCGUGCACGAACUCCUCUUCGCCGACGACUGCGCCCUGAACACCACCUCAGAAGUGGAGAUGCAACGGAGCAUGGACCUAUUCUCCGCCGCCUGCGAGAACUUUGGGCUGGUUAUCAACACGCAGAAGACGGUGGUGAUACAUCAGACGCCUCCCAGCUCAGCCACAGCCCCCAACGCGCCGCAAAUCAACGUGAAUGGGACUCAACUGCAAGUGGUAGAGAACUUCCC